CUCUGUAAAUCACCCAAUAAAGACAAAGAUGUCGAAAAUCAUUAGAGAGCCGUUGCCACACCGACUUGUCAAAAAAGCUUCAAGAUUGCUUUUCAAAAGUGCACACCCACACACAAGGUGUUUGUUCAUUUGCCUCAGAUACUAGUAGCCCUGAAAAACGCCAUAACCAUCAUAGAUUCAUAGGAUCCCCACGAUCGUGCUGCCUCUCUUGCACGCCCCGGAGGAGAAGCAAUGACCGAUUCUGGGUUUCUUUCUGAUACCGACGAGUCGGCGGUGGAGGAACUUAUAUCUCAGGCACAAGAGCUGUGUGUUCUGGAGCAAGUCUCUGCUAUCAAUUGCUCUGGUUUCACUGAUUCCGACCUUCCCAGUGAGUUGGAGAAUCGAUUUCGUAAACUCAAAUCGUUCCCUCUCACGAAAUCCGGCUACAAAGUUACUGGGAACAGUCGUUGCGACAAGGCUCUGUAUGGCUCGAAGAGUGACUUGAGUAAGAGCGAGGUGAAUGGUGAAGCGGAGGAUGAUGGUGCUGUGUUUGGUGAGCGAAGCGGGGGUUUCUCGGAUUCCAAGAAAAACCCUGUUGGGAAUUUGGGGUCGGUGAGAGGAUCACGAAGUGGAUAUGCUUCAUCCCCUUCGAAUUCGGACAUAGGGGAUGAGCAAUCGUCGGCUGAGAAGAAAAACCCAACUGAGAAAAAGGGCUUGGAGAAGAAAUUGUCCAAACAUCGGUCCAUUUCCUCUUCUUCGGAUUCAUCUUCAAAUGAUUUAACUGAAAAUGCGAUUUUCUCGCCAUCCAAACAAACUCCGGAUGUGAAAAAGAAAUCUAAAUCCAAAUUAAACUCUGGUUCUUUUUCUUCUCCAGUGGCUUCUCCGAAUUCGUGGAUGGAUUCACCAUCUCCACCUCGGAAAACUGGCUGUUUCUGGUGCUCGCCGAAGAAAGUUCCCAGGCAAAAGAGCAGAGAAAGUAAGGCAUUGGAUAUGGAUCUUGAAUGGGGGAAAAAUGAUGACUUACUGUCUGAUCUGGGUACCUUUUCAGUGAAAGAGCAGCAAAAGAUUCUCAAGAUGGCAAUGAAGGAACAACAGAAGAUUAGCCAUGAAGCAGAGAAAAUCGUCAAAUGGGCAAAGCAGGCAUCAGCAAGGAUGAAUUUUCAUGACAUUGAAGAUGAGCUAAGUGAUGACGAGAUCAUAAAAAGAGCAUAACGUUUCUGAUUUUAUAGUGUUACCAUUACAAUAUAUAGUAAAUGUUACUUCACAAUUCUAGUUUACAUAAAGGUUUUUCCUUAUAUGAAUUCUGUUAGAACAUUGCUAUAACGAAUCAAAGUUGUUUCCUUCUAUUGUUUUGCUUAGAAAUA